AUGGACGAAGCAUCAACGUCGACAUCAGCACCGCUGGCUGCAAAGCCAACGGUUGUUAAGAAGACAAUGUCGAAGCAAUUUACCGGAAAACGUGAAGAUUCGCCGCUCCACUCCGCUGUAAGACGGGGAGACUUCUCUGCGGUGAAGAAGAUUCUGAGUGAUCAUUUUGAAUCAGAGGAGGAACUAAGAGAGUUGUUGCAGAAACAGAACCAAUGCGGUGAGACCGCGCUUUAUGUUGCGGCAGAGUAUGGUGACGCUGAGGUGGUUGCAGAGCUCAUCAGGUACUACGAUUUAGAUGAUGCAGAGACCAAAGCUAGAAAUGGGUUCGAUCCUUUUCACAUUGCUGCUAAACAAGGCGAAUUAGAGGUUUUGAGAGUACUAAUGGAAGAACAUCCGGAGCUAGCAAUGACGGUGGACUUAUCAAACACAACGGCUCUACACACGGCAGCAGCUCAAGGACACGUGGAGGUAGUUGAGUAUCUUCUAGAAGCCGCAGGGAGUAGCCUAGCCGCGAUUGCAAAGAGCAACGGCAAAACGGCAUUGCACUCAGCGGCAAGAAACGGUCACGCGGAAGUGGUAAAAGCGAUAGUGGCAGUUGAGCCAGACACAGCAACAAGGACCGAUAAAAAAGGUCAGACGCCACUUCACAUGGCGGUGAAAGGACAAAGCCUUGAUGUUGUGGUUGAGCUAAUGAAAGGGCAUCGGUCUUCGUUGAAUAUGUGUGAUUCUAAAGGAAACACUGCGUUACAUGUUGCUACUAGGAAAGGUCGCACCAAGAUAGUGGAGUUGCUUCUAGAGAACAACGAGACAAGCACAAAAGCUAUAAACAGAGCUGGUGAAACGCCUCUCGACACAGCCGAGAAAACAGGCCACCCCGAGCUAGCCGCGGUUCUCAAAACUCGCGGCGUUCCCUCAGCUAAAUCCAUCAACAACACUACUCGACCAAACCCAGCGCGUGAGCUCAAGCAAACAGUGAGCGACAUCAAACACGAGGUCCACGACCAGCUAGAACACGCUCGAGAAACGAGGAAACGCGUUCAAGGAAUCGCCAAACGCAUAAACAAAAUGCACAUCGAGGGUCUCGACAACGCCAUUAACUCCACCACAGUUGUCGCUGUCCUAAUCGCCACAGUCGCUUUUGCCGCGAUUUUCACCGUGCCGGGACAAUAUGCUGAUGACCCGAGUUCUCUCACUCGAGGACAAUCUCUUGGAGAAGCUAACAUCGCGGAUAACCCCGCGUUUGCGAUUUUCUUUAUAUUUGAUUCCAUCGCUCUUUUUAUAUCUUUAGGGGUUGUCGUGGUUCAAACUUCGGUGGUUGCGAUUGAGCACAAGGCGAAAAAGAAUAUGAUGGCUAUCAUAAAUAAGCUGAUGUGGCUAGCGUGCGUUUUGAUAUCAGUAGCGUUUUUGGCGUUGGCGUUUGUGGUCGUUGGUGAGGACGAGAGGUGGCUAGCGGUUGGAGUAACGGUGUUUGGUGCGACGAUAAUGCUCACGACACUUGGGACUAUGUGUUAUUGGGUCAUUAGGCAUAGGAUCGAGGCAUCGAAUGUAAGAAGCGCGAGGAGAGAAUCAAUGACGAGAACAAGACAAUCAGGAUUGAUGGAUUUUUCUGGGAUUUUGACAAAGAGAAUGUAUGCUAUUUAG